AUUCCAGUAGUAUUAUAUGUCCAUAUCAUCAAAGAUGGCCCCCAUAAAGUAGGCAAUGCAGUAAUCACUAUCCCUCACUCUUCAACUUUCUUUCUCAGCAACAAGAAAAAAAUGCAAUCUUUAAAAGAAAAAGCAUCAGAAUGGAAUCAGGGCAGCUCUACCUAGUAACAAAAAUGGCAACCGUGUCUUUGUUUGAUUUUCGCGACCGGAGUGGGGUUGAUCCAAAGGAUGCAGUGGCCAUUGAUGACACCAAUCUCUUUGAAAAACUUGGUCUUCAAACUUUCAUCAAUCUCUCUACCAAUUUCUACAACAGGGUGUAUGGUGACGAGGAAGAGCGGUUUCAAUUAAUUUUCUCUAAUUCAAGUAAAGAAGAAGCUAUUAGGAAUCAAUAUGAGUUUUUUGUGCAAAGAAUGGGAGGGCCUAAUUUGUAUUCCCAGAGGAAAGGCCGUACAACACUGAUUAACUGCCACCGCACAUUUCCUGUGACUCAUGAGGCUGCAGAGAGAUGGUUACACCAUAUGCAACAAGCACUGGACAGUACUACAGAUAUUGACGAAGAUUCCAAAACUAGAAUGAACAACUUUUUUAGGCACACUGCAUUCUUUCGUGCUGGAGUUGAGUUGAAGAAUAAAAAAAAAAGGAACAGGAUGUAAGAAUUGCAGUCACCACUAAGCCAGCUGCGUGUAAUUUGACUAUAUUGGUCAACGAACUAUGCCUCAAUCCGAAACCAGUUUGGAUCGGCUAUAUGGAUUCUGACUGGCUCAUGACAUGUAAUAAUGAAGAUUAGAUCAUAAAAUCCUUCGGGAAUUACUUCAGUCUGCAAUUUUGUGAGCCAUUGGAACACCUUACGUAAUGUCUUGCGUCCAUUUAAAUUGCUUAAUGUAAAAAAAGAAAAUGCACUAUUGCGACUUGCAAGGUUCAACAUGAAUCAGAACCUUUAUUAGAGCAUAAAAUGCAAAGAAUGGCGAUUUGGUGACA